AUGAAAAAAUAUCAACAGAUAAAAAAGGAUACUAUUCAAUCACCAACUAAAUUGAAUAAAAAAAAAUAUUCAAGUACUGAUCGUGUUAUGAAUAAUGUACCAUAUCCACCCACUCAUCUAUUAACUAUAAAAGAGAUAUUUGGCACAAGUGAUAAACCUAAUCUUCCAUUACUUCUUCAACAUUUGGAAGCAGAAGGUCGUCUUGAACUUGAUGCAGCACUGACAAUUAUGAUUCGAGGUCGAGAAUUAACUGCACGAGAACCAAAUAUGCUUGAAAUUGGUACACCAAUUACAAUUGUUGGUGAUAUACAUGGACAAUUUUUUGAUAUGCUUAAAAUGUUUGAAAAAGGUGGUGAUGUAUCCUCUAAUCAAUAUCUAUUUCUUGGUGAUUAUGUUGAUCGUGGUCAAUUUUCUGUUGAGGUUGUACUUUAUUUAUGGGCAAUUAAAAUUGCUUACCCUGAUACAUUCUUUCUUCUUCGAGGCAAUCAUGAAUGUCGGAAUUUAACUGUUUAUUUUACAUUUAAAGAUGAAUGUCUUUUAAAACUUGGUGAUGUAUUCUAUGAUGAAUGUAUGAAAUCAUUUGAUUGUUUACCAAUAGCAGCAUUAGUUCAAGGACAAUUAUUUUGUAUACAUGGAUGUAUAUCACCAGAACUACGACAUUUACGAGAAAUAACUGAUCUUCAUCGAGCUGUUGAACCACCAACAAAAGGACCUCUAUGUGAUAUUCUUUGGGCUGAUCCAACAGAUAGUUAUGAUAAUGAAAAACUCGAACAAAAAUAUGAAAUGUAUACACAUAAUGGACCACGUGGUUGUUCAUAUAAUGUAUCUUAUAAAGCAAUGUGUAAAUUUCUUGAUGAUAAUGAUCUUCUUUGUGUUAUUCGUGCACAUCAAGUACAAUCAGCUGGUUGUAAAAUGUAUAAAAAACAUGAAAAAACAUUAUUUCCAACUUUGGUAACAAUUUUUUCUGCACCAAAUUAUUGUGAAGUUUAUAAAAAUCGUGGUGCAAUCUUACGUUAUGAUGGUUCUGUAAUGCAUGUUUUUCAAUAUAAAUGGGUUAAACAUCCAUAUGUUCUUCCAAAUUUUCUUGAUGCAUUUCGAUGGAGUAUUCCAUUUGUUUUGGAAAAAGUAACAGAUAUGCUUUUAGCUGUUUUAAAAUAUUGUUCAGAUGAAAAUGAUAGUCGAUUAUCAAAACGUACUCAAAUUAUUGAAAAAAUUGUUCAUUAUUAUGCAUCAUUAUCUGAUGAAGCUGAACAAUCAUUAGUAUUUGGUAAUAUAUUACCACCAACAAAUGUUCGUACUUCUGAUUCUUCUCGUGUUGUUAAUAAAGGACAAAUUGAUUUUCAAACAGCACAACGAAUGGAUUAUGCUAAUGAACAUAUACCAUAUAAUCAAUUUCGUCGUAAAUAA